UUUUUUUUUUUUUUUUUUUGAGGCAGAGUCUCUGUCGCCCAGGCUGGAGUGCAGUGGCACGAUUUCAGCUCACUGCUGCAACCUCCUCGAACCUACUGGGUUCGAGUGAUUCUCCUGCCUCAGCCUCCCGAGUAGCUGGGAUUACAGGUGGCUGCCACUACGCCUGGCUAAUUUUUGUAUUUUUAGUAGAGACGGGUUUCUCCACGUUGGCCAGGCUAGUCUCGAACUCCUGACCUCAGGUGAUCCACCACGCCCAGCCUAGAUUACAUUUUAAGCUUAGCAGUUAGGUAAGUUACAGAAGGUAGUUUUGAGGGUUCUGUAUCUCUUAAUUGCUUAUACCUUUAAAUGGGAGUAGAGACCACCUUUGAAAGAUUAAAAUAGGCAGGAAUGGCAACCUGCCCUACGAAACAAGUAGACUAGGAAUGUUAGAUAGAAUUUUAUAGCAUCAUUAGUUGUCCCUUAUGGUUAGGGACUGUUUUGGGCAAGUUAAAACUUUCAAUAAUUUUAACUAUUUUAAAUGUUAAUCUUUCUAAAUUGUAGGAUAUACUUCCUCAGUUAACAUAUUAAUCAUAAUAUUUUUGCUGAUCAGUUGUACAGUAGUUAUAGUUUGUGGGAGAUAAAACUGAAAGGAUACUCAUCCUCAUACCCAGGAAAAUACAGUUAAGAAAGCCAUUUACCUGUUGCUAAUGUAAGGUUAGUAAUACAUAACCAUAUAAUCUGUAAGAUAGUAUGACAUUUCUGCCUUUCUGCAAAAUUAUUGAAUCAAAGUUUGAAGUAGUGCGUUCUUUAAUGGAUUUUAUUUAUAAAAUCAUCUUUACUGUAAUCUGUGUUCCUUGACUUUUCAUCAACAUUGAAAACAUUUUCUCUUAAUUUUUUCUCAUUAACAUAAUGAACCAUAUUCAUUUCUUGGUCAGUUGUAAGCCAUUCUUUUAUUCCACUUGGAUUGUUCAUUUUAAGUGAAGGAGGCGGAGCCUUUAAUAUAUAAGCAGACAUUUUAAAAAUAAUAACAGGAUAUUUCUUAGUCUAGAGCUUGUAAAUUCUUUAAUAUAAGGAGUUUUAUAGGAUUAAACAGUAGUUUCUCUGUGUUUCAGUUAACUAUUUAACUUUAUCAGAGUUUCAGGCAUAUCCAAAACACUGAAAGCACCUGCAUAGUGAAUCAAUGAAAAAAGAAAAGUUUUCCUCACUUUGCAUUUUGAACUCUGAAUAAUAUUUCUGUCUACACAGCAGCCCAGAAAACAAUAAAAGUAUCGCUUCAUAUAACAUUGCAUCGUUCCUGGAUUCUCUACAGUUGUUUAGUUCUUCUCAAGUAAGCAUAUGCUUCUGAGACAUUCUUUUACUUCAGGUAAAUAUAAGCAAAACAAAGAAAAUCAUUUUGUCUAUUUCUGCGUCAGUUCUAUAAGGAGCAAGUAAAUUCUUUAUUUUUGUUUAGGUUGGUUGUUGUCAUGUAAGGAUAGAUGGUAGUGUUCUACGUGUUCAAGAUGGGUAGUAGGAAUUCAGUGGCCAUGAGGUGUCAUGGAUCAAGGUCAGGUUUAGUGAAUCAGGUACUCUUCAGUAACAGGUGGUUCAUACAAAGCAUUGAAGCUUAAAGUUGCUGUGAGUUCAGCAAGCAGGAGGGUUGAGAAGACAGGCAGAUGGUUUAAAACUGAAGGUCAGUAAGUGGGCAAGACUAGUUAAAUGAGGCAGAUACUCCCCAAAGGUGGAAUUCCAGAAAGGUGCUUGGAAAGGACUGAGUCCUUAAAGACUACUGCUGUCAGUAUGUAGAGUUCUUGAGGAAACAAGCAGUUUGACAUAACUUAAUCAGUCUACUAAGAAACUAUAAGAAGAUGAAGGAAGUUGGAACAUCUUACUGGAAAAAGAAUGAGGGAGUGAAUGAGGGUAAGUUUCUGACUGGAAUCUGGUGAAUUCAGAACUUGCAGAAAAGCUGUUCUGUUUCCUUUUUGUUUAGGUUCUCAUGCACUAGCAGCUGCUAGAAUAGAUAUUGGAAGGCAGGGCCAAAAUAGGUCAGUUACUCAGUUUUGCAAGAUUAUUGAGGAUAUAGAGAAAAGUCAUUUGUAAAAACAAAUCUGCAGCUCCAAGUUUUUGUUUGAACUGAGUAACUUAGGACUUUGAGAAGUCAAAGCCGUCAGAAAGUAACAUGAAGUCCAUUCAGCUGAAUAAAUGUCAUAUUUUGCUAUUAGCAUAGAAAAGAAUCUUUAAAACUUCUUUCCAAAAAGCACUCAGUAUUGACCCAUAUGUUCCAGUGUAGUUGUGAACCAUGUACAACUGGUGUUUGACUUACUUGACUCAACAUGAAAGGAAUUUAACCAGCUGCCCUUGCUGAAUCUUGUCUCCUGAAUAUGGUAAAUGGUUUUUGUUUUUAAUCUUCUUAAUACCUUAGAUUUCUGCAGACCCCAGUUUUCUCUUUUAGAGUUAACUGAUAAUUAUUGGAUGGUAUCUAUAGUAUACCUGGCUGUUCUGUAUUCUGCCUUAGUAUUAGUUUAAACGGUAGACUUUUCUCUUAGAGUAACUUUAAUAGUUUAACUAAUAGUUAAAGUUACUUGAGGGUAUGUUUUAGAUCAGGGACUGGCACUAUGGCCUCUUGCUUUUGGUAAAUAAAGUUUUAUUGGAACACAUCCAUGCUGAUUCAUAUACAUAUUGUCUAUGGCUGCUUUGGCUUACGACAGCAGAGUUGAAUGGUUGCAACAGAGUCACAUGGCCCGCAAACGUAAAACAUUUACCAUUUGACUCUUUUUUUUUUUUUUUUUUUUUUUGAGACAGAGUCUCGCUCGGUCGCCCAGGCUGGAGUGCAGUGGCGCAAUCUCGGCUCACUGCAAGCUCCGCCUCCCGGGUUCACGCCAUUCUCCUGCCUCAGCCUCUCCGAGUAGCUGGGACUACAGGCGCCCGCCACCACGCCCGGCUAAUUUUUUUUUGUAUUUUUAGUAGAGACGGGGUUUCACCAUGGUCUCGAUCUCCUGACCUCGUGAUCCGCCCGCCUCGGCCUCCCAAAGUGCUGGGAUUACAAGCGUGAGCCACUGCGCCCAGCCUACCAUUUGACUCUUAAAAAGCUUGUUGAUCACUGUUCUGGUUUAGUUAUUCUCAAAGUGUGGUCCCUGGACCAGCAAUUCAGCAUCACCUCAGCAUCACGUGGUAUUGUUAGAAAUGUAAAUUCUUGGACCCACCUACUGAGUCAGAAAUUCUGGGUAUGGGCCCCAGUAAUCUAUGUUUUUAGAAACCUUCCAGGUGAUUCUGAUACACAUUAAAAGUUUGAGAAACCCUCUUCUAGAUAAAUGUUUCCCAAAUGUUUGUCACACUUAUUGCCUUUAUUAUUAUUUAUUUUUAUUUAUUUUUUUGAGACAGAGUCUCUGUCACCCAGGUGUGAAGUGCAGUGGCCUGAUCUUGGCUCACUGCAACCUCCGCCUCUCAGUUCAGGCGAUUACCUUAGCUUCCCGAGUAGCUGAGAUUACAGGCGUGCACUGUCAUGCCCUGCUAAUUUUUGUAUUUUUAGUAGAGAUGAGGUUUCGCCGUGUUGGCCAGGCUGGUCUCAAACUCCUGACCUCAAGUGACCUACCUGCCUUGGCCUCCCAAAGUGCUGAGAUUACAGGCAUGAGCCACCAUGCCCAGCCUUGCCUUUAUUAUUUUUUACUGUUUUCUGUUUAUUUAAUAUUUUCCUUUAUGUCAACUCACUUUCUAAAAAUUUUAAGUUAAUUUUAAAAUGAAAGUUUAUACCACCAUAAAAAUAAAUACAAUGAAAACAAAAUGGUAUAUUAUAUAACUAGACUCGUCACUUAGGAAUCGUUCCUGUGCUAAAAAUUAGAAGUUGUUAAAUUUAUUAAACAAGUACUGUUGCAAAAUGGGAACAUUUUUCUUGACUUAAUCGUGAUUAAUAAUUUUCUUACUGAGUGGUAUUUAAAAUAUGUUGGCAAAAUCAUGUAACACCCAAAGUCGUCUUUUGUGCAAAUCUCAUAUUUUGGAAAUUACUGUUCCAGGGAGUAUUCAUGUGAAAGGAAAGCUGUUUGAACUAUAUAUAUACCCAAGCCAGUAAGCAGAAAUGACUGGACAGAAAUACAAGCCUGUGAGACAGAGAGAUCUAGGAGAUCCCUAGAGAGGUCCAUCUAGACCUCCAGGGUGAAAUUACCUCAUUUAGCUCAAUUUCUCACCUCUCCUUUAGUGCUUUGGUCCACGGGGGUCGAUGGUUCUGCAGGAUUUCACCAACUGGUUCCACAGUGGGAAUAUGAAAAGGUGCCUGGCUGUGGGGAAAGCUACUUAUGAAAGAGAGGCCUGAUAGAAAUGCUAGGGGAAGUGGCUGUGAGUCUGCAUUAUGGACGGGAGCAGAGCGGCAGGGCAUGUUGCUAGGACUAAGCAGUUGAUUCACCUGAGUCUGGACACCAUGUUUAAAUAUUUUGAAAAAUUCCAUCGGCAGGGCGUGGUGGCUCACGCUUGUAAUCCCAGCACUUUGGGAGGCCGAGGCGGGUGGAUCACGAGGUCAGGAGAUCGAGACCAUCCUAACACGGUGAAACCCCGUCUCUACUAAAAAUACAAAAAAUUAGCUGGGUGUCGUGGCGGGCGCCUGUAGUCCCAGCUACUGGGGAGGCUGAGGCAGGAGAAUGGCACGAACCCGGGAGGCGCAGCUUGCAGUGAGCCGAGAUUGCGCCACUGCACUCCAGCCUGGGCAACAGAGUGAGACUCCAUCUCAAAAAAAAAAAAAAAAAGAAAAAGAAAAAUUCCUGUUACAAUUUAAUUUACUCCAUUGUGUUAGAGGGAAUGCUUCCCUGCACAUGGUGUUCUAUAUAUUUAUUGGUUGAUGUGCUUUAGGGUAUAGUAAUUAUUUAUAGCAAUAGAUUCUUAACUUUCCAUAGUAUCCCCAGGUUGCUGAGUUGCUUUAGUUAUAUCUUUAUUUCCUUUUCUUAGAGAUUAUAGACAUAAUUUGCUUCUGUCAUCUUUUGACUAAAAAUCUAAUGGGAAUGAAGAAUUACACUUGAAUGUUUAUUUUUAAGUAAUAAGUUCUGUGAUACUGAUUAUAGGCGUCUGCAUUUAAAAAAUGUUUUAAAAAGUACAAAGGUCAAGCAAGCAUCUAUAUGAUUGAACAAAUGUUAUUUCGUAUAUUCUGUCAAAUUUUAAAAAAUGGAUAAAGAGGCCGGGCACUGUGGCUCACGCCUAUAAUCCCAGCACUUUGGGAGGCCAAGGCGGGUGGAUCAACCUGAGGUCGGGAGUUCAAGACUGGCCUGGCCAACAUGGUGAAACCUGUCUCUACUAAAAAUAUAAAGAUUAGCCAGAUGUGGUGGUGGGUGCCUGUAAUCCCAGCCACCCAGGAGGCUGAGGCAGGAGAAUUGCUUGAACCUAGGAGACGGAGGUUGCAGUGAGCCGACACGGUGCCAAUGCACUCCAGCCUGGGCGACAGAGUGAGACACCGUCUCAAAAAAAAAAAGGAAAAAGCAGAUAAAGCAUUACAGAUAAAGUCUUUUGUGGUCCCCUUCACAGUCUCAGUCCUUUCCCCAGAGGCAAUCCUUUUUGUAAAUUUGUUACAUAUUCACUGUAAGGCAAUAUUUCUGCUGUGUUGUUUAGUUUUAAGGCUCACGUCUCCUUCAUGGUAAUCUGUUUUUCAUUUUAACUUCUUCCUUUAUCAUUGGGUUGUCUAUCACCUCUGUCCUUUGAUAUUCUCAUCUUUUUUAUUUCUUUUCUUUUGGAUUUGGGGAGGCUCUAGUUGGCUUCUGUAACUAUCACCAGCUGAUGAGAACUUGUCUUUUUUAAUAGAUAAAUCAGCCAGUUACUUUUUCUUUGAUUAUUUUCAGCUAUUGCUUGAUAGCCAAAGAUAGCUUUAGUUACUUCUAAUUUUGUAUAUAGAAAGUUCUGGAUGAUAGAAGGCACCAGCUAUCCAGAGUGCAAUUGUUACUAUAUCAGAAUUGCAGCUCUGCAAGUAAGUAUCAAAAUAUAAAAUUUAGCAGGCUGCAACUUUUUAUGCCAUGUAUCUUAAAAUAAAUUCUAUAUAACCCAUUUUAGGACUUAAUUUUAAAGUAACUAUUCAGGCUUUUCUGAUGUCUCUUGUAAAUUUAAGAAGAGAAAUAGGCUGAUAGAUUUCCUAAAGCAGGUACCCCCCAAAACAUGAUGGCAUUGUUCCCUGUCAGCUGUCAAGACCCUUUGCUUGUAUUAAUAUAAUGAGAGAAGAUAGGUGCAGGGCAUGGAAUAGAGCCCUUGGAAUGGAGAUUCUUUAGUAUUCCUGUUCUCACAUUUUCAUCAUCACCAUUCUGGUUAGCUUCAAAAGAUCCUACAAGGUUUUUCUUCUAAUAACAAGGUUGUUUCCCAAUCUCAUUCUUAUAAUCUUGUGAUACGGAUUUUCACAGACAAGUGGGCCAAAUUUUUAACAUUUUAAAAACAUUAAUCUUUGAUCGUAUCCAGCAAGAAUGAACUUGUUCUGGAAAUUUCUUCUACAAUGGGCAUUACAUUUUUAAAAUGUUCGGCUUGUCAUGGGGAUUAUGGUGGGGGGUGAUACUGGUACCUAUUUCUGAUUAUAAACUUAUGGGACCAUAGGAACCAGAAGAUUAAGAAGGAUAGCUUUUCUGAGCUGUAUAGCACCCUUGUGUUUGCAUUUUCUGGAGGAAAGGAAAGCUGCUUUGUUUUUUUAGAAAUGACUUGAUGUCACAUUUGGAAGGCAGACUGUCAUAAUUGUUUUUUCCCGUUGCCAUUUUUGGCAUAGUACUCUUCCCUUUCCUUAUGUAAUAAAUAUAUGCCUGGAAAGUUUUACAUAGAUCAAGACAUAUUAAAUGUUUUCAAAGCAUCUGUAUUACUAUGUUAAGACAUGGUGAUGAGUCCUUUUGUAAAAUGAACCCUAUACUUUGGACUGUUUAAAUAUACAGUGGGUUAAACUGAGUGUAUAUAUUAACAAGAGAACAUGUAGCAAGGGAGUAAUGUUUUUUUAAAAGGUUAAUUACAAAAGGAUUUGUAUAGGUGGAUUUUAAGCUGAAUUCUAAAGGAACAACAAAGGUAGGUGGGAGAAGUUGGCAGAGUGGGUGAGAAAGUUUGAGGAAGAUGUAAAAAUGAUCAGAUUGGUUCCUUAGUUUAAGAGUUAUUGUGCAGCAGUAGUCAUCGCUUUUACUUUGAUUCCACAUGAAGACACAAGGGUUUUUUGUUUGUUUGUUUUGAGACAGAGUCUUGCUCUGCGAGCCAGGCUGGAGUGCAGUGGCGCUAUCUCAGCUCACUGCAACCUCCAACUCCCAGGUUCAAGCGAUUCUCCCACCGCAGCCUCCUGAGUAGCUUAUAUUACAGGCAUGUGCCACUACACCCAGCUAAUUUUUAUAUUUUUAGUAGUGACGGGGUUUCACCAUGUUAGCCAGACUGGCCUUGAACUCCUGACCUCAGGUGAUCUGCCUGCCUUGGCCACCCAAAGUGCUGGGAUUACAGACAUGAGCCACCGUGCCCAGUGACACAAGGUUUUACUUGUGUACUGCUUUAGAUCCCUUCCUGCCCUGGACUAGACUAGAAAUUGGCCAUGGAUCUUUAUACAGUUCCCACAUUAUUAUGUGAACUCAGCAGCUUAUGUUGGAAGAAAUGGAGGGAGGAAAUCGGAGGGAAAAAGAGGGAGGAACAUUUCUCUGCAUUUAGGGAUUCAAGGGGUCAGGAAAACAAGCUUUAAGCUUUUGGUUGUACACCUCUGUAGCUCUAGCUUUCCUUUCACUGAGGGGUUAUGGAUCUUAUUUCAGAGGGAAGGAAACUGUCCUGUCCCAAGCCCACUGUGACAUGUGACCCUUAACUAGUAUACCUGUGGGGAGGGCUUCAGUUGCCACCCUAGAGAAUGUGGGAGGGCUUCCCUUCCCCUGCCCCCAUUUGUAGACAUGGGAGUGUCUCCAUUGCUUUGUAUGCUCUUGCAUUUUCUCCUCCCUCUUUGUUUUCCCUAAGCUAAGCUCUAAGCUAAUUCUGUACAAAAUAAAUACUGUUUUUGUAAAUUGCUUGCCAUGAAUGCCUGAUAAUGUACAGUAAAAUAGGAUUCUGCAUACCAUUAAAUAUGUCAAAUAUUACAAACUUUAUUUUUGAAAUUACAAUACUAAACUCAGUUCACUUUUGCUUAGCCUUCACAGUUGUUGAUCACAUAGCAUGGUCAUCCACUCACAGCUUAAAAAAAUACAGGGAGCAUCGGAGAGAAUGGGUGUUCUCAAAGAUUAUAAUUCAUGAAACUCAUGAAGGGGUUGAACAAAAGAGGGAGUUAUCAAAUAUUUAUGGAGCACCCACUCAUUUGAGGUUCAAUGUAUCUAUGCCUGCCUACCUCAAUCUGCAAGGGAGUGUCAGAAAGGCCCCGCAUUCGCCAAGCCGAGAUACUACUCGUCAACGAAUCAAAUUCAGUGAUGACAGAGUAUGCAAGAGUCACCUUCUCAACUGUUGUCCUCAUGAUGUCCUUUCUGGAACUAGAAUGGAUCUUGGAGAAUGUCUGAAAGUCCAUGACCUGGCUUUAAGAGCGGAUUAUGAAAUUGCAUCCAAAGAACAAGAUUUUUUCUUUGAACUUGAUGCCAUGGAUCAUUUGCAGUCAUUCAUUGCAGAUUGUGAUCGUAGAACAGAAGUGGCCAAGAAAAGAUUAGCAGAAACUCAAGAAGAGAUUAGUGCUGAAGUAGCAGCAAAGGCAGAACGUGUUCAUGAGUUAAAUGAAGAAAUUGGUAAAUUGUUAGCCAAGGUGGAACAACUAGGAGCUGAAGGGAAUGUGGAGGAAUCCCAGAAAGUAAUGGAUGAAGUAGAGAAAGCACGGGCAAAGAAAAGAGAAGCAGAGGAAGUUUAUCGGAAUUCUAUGCCAGCUUCCAGUUUUCAACAGCAGAAACUUCGAGUCUGUGAAGUCUGCUCUGCCUAUUUAGGACUUCAUGAUAAUGACAGACGACUGGCUGAUCAUUUUGGUGGUAAACUGCACCUGGGAUUUAUUGAAAUAAGAGAGAAGCUUGAAGAAUUAAAGAGAGUCGUAGCUGAGAAGCAGGAGAAAAGAAACCAGGAACGGCUGAAACGAAGAGAAGAAAGAGAGAGAGAAGAAAGGGAGAAGCUGAGGAGGUCCCGAUCACACAGCAAGAAUCCGAAAAGAUCCAGGUCCAGAGAGCAUCGCAGACAUCGAUCUCGCUCCAUGUCACGUGAACGCAAGAGGAGAACUCGAUCCAAAUCUCGGGAGAAACGUCAUCGCCACAGGUCCCGCUCCAGCAGCCGUAGCCGCAGCCGUAGCCACCAGAGAAGUCGGCACAGUUCUAGAGAUAGGAGCAGAGAACGAUCCAAGAGGAGAUCCUCAAAAGAAAGAUUCAGAGACCAAGACUUAGCAUCAUGUGACAGAGACAGGAGUUCAAGAGACAGAUCACCUCGUGACAGAGAUCGGAAAGAUAAGAAGCGGUCCUAUGAAAGUGCUAAUGGCAGAUCAGAAGACAGGAGGAGCUCUGAAGAGCGCGAAGCAGGGGAGAUCUAACUAGCUGUGUACAUUUCUUCAAUCCUUAAGCUUCCUAUGGAGUUACGUACUAUUGUUUAGUUCACAGCUGUUCAGGGUGACAGUGAGCAGAUCCAGACACCAGAUCCAGCUAGGCUAGAUGUACAGUAUCUUAACUUGAUCUGAACUGAACCUGUUUUCCUUGAUGAUGCCUAAAACUACAUCCAUAGUUUCUGGUGAACCUGUAAUACAGUUCUGAAAGUACAGUUUUAUAUAAUAAGAUGCUGAUCUCUUUAUUCUUUCAAGUUAAGAGUGAUAGUGAACAAACUGUGUUACUUGCCUUGGGAUUUUUUGAACGUUUGUAAAAUGCUGUCUUCCCAGUCCAAACAGCUGCAGCUUUGGGCAUUUUUCUUUUUAAUUCUUCCUCUGACUUUGUAUCCCUUAAUACCUACACUCUCCAAUUGUAAGAGAAAGGGGGCAGGGAAGCAAUAUAGCUUCCAUUCUAAGGCUGUAUUCCCGUUAUGAAUUACUAGCUGAUUACAGUUCAGAGCAUUGAUCCUGGAAUGUGUGCUGGAGAAAUUUAAAAUACUGGGGUUUUUUGUUUAAUGGUGCCUAUUUAGAGUUGGAAGUUGAACAGCUGUUGCAUUACAUACUUUUGCUUUUUUGUUGAAAUUUUGAAAUCAAACUUGUCUUGAUUUUUCUGUUCUGUUGAAUUGCUAUGUUCAGGAUGUUCUAGGGGGGUGGGGGCAGGGACUCUUCGUAAUAAGCACUUGUUUUAUUUUGUGUGUGUGGAGUAUAAAGGCUACACCCUUAUUGUAAAAAAAUAAUAAUAAAAUGAAAGAAACAAUCACCACCACCAUUAUUAAACUGUAACUUGUCUAGUAAAUUGUCACUAGAACUAUUUGCUGUGGGCAUUUCCUCUGUUCUGUUACGUCAUUAACAGUGCCUUACUGUGCAAGGCACCAAAGGACAUAAAUAUGUACUUGCAGAGAUUCCAGAUGAGCUGUUCAUGUGGGCCCCUUGCUGACUAUAUUCCAGCCACUUCAGGGUUGUUUGUAAUGACCAUUAUAGAGAAGGGCUCGACCUGGAGAAGAAACUGGGGUGUUUUUAAUUCUCAUUCAACAAACCCAAAUAAAAACAGUAUAUGUAACCAA